AUGCUACCGGUAGUCCGGGCACUGCUGCUUCCUCUCCCCCACCGCAACGAUGUCCGGAUUUUCAGACCAGCUCGAAGAAAUAAAAUCCCUGAUAUCUUCAGCCGCCACCAAAGCAAGUCCUUCGCCUACUCCACCCUCUUACACCUCCAGCAGCAAUCCUCCGACUGCCACGAUUCAAUUCAAAUGCUUGCGCGGAGCUGCCGGAGCCUCAUCCGUCCGACCGUCGCCGAUGUUCGGAACAAUGACGAAGAAAUUGCAACUCAGGCAUUGAAAUGCUUGGGCUUUAUGAUAUAUCAUCCGUCCAUCGUUGCCGAAAUCGCAGCGGAUGAUGUCAAAUUUGUUUUAGAUUCACUGGCAAAGCUCAUUACAACCACAAAAAUGAAGUCUGUUUGCAAUUUAGGGGUGUGGUGCAUAUCUAUCCAACAAUUGAGUACACCACUUUUAGCUGCCCAUUUCCAUUCUCUUUUGCUUGCGAUUGUUCAUGCCAUUGACAAUCCUAUCGGUUCUUUGUCGACUACUUUUGAGGCUAUUCAGGCUGUUAUGAAGCUAGCAACUUUGUUAAGUGAGAAUAUGAGAGAGAUGUCGCAUAUAUGGGCUCCUCCAGUAUAUAGAAGACUCCUUAGCUCUGAUAAGAGGGAGAGGGAUAUGUCGGAGAGUUGUUUAUUGAACACUAGGUCUACAAUAUUACCCCCUCCGCUAAAUCUUUCCAAGGCAGUUGUCAAAGAUUUGAAGCCAAGGUUGCUUACUGGGAUGCACCACAUGCUAACCAACGGCAUGAAGGUUCAAACUAUUCAAGCAUGGGGAUGGUUUAUCCGCUUACUGGGAUCUCAUGCCUUGAAGAACAGGCAGUUAAUUAAUCAGAUGCUAAAAAUUCCCGAGCAGACAUUUUCAGAUCAUGACUCACAAGUUCAAAUUGCUUCACAAGUUGCCUGGGAAGGUCUUAUUGAUGCCCUUGUUCACCCUACCAUGAUAUUACCCUUUGAGACAAAUGCGACAAAAAAGGACAAUGGUAUGGAACAAAUAGGAACAUGCAAGGGAAACGGUAGUGAAAUUAAAAAAAAUGGAUACUUAAAAGGCACAAAGCUCAUUAUGACACCACUGAUAGGCAUCAUGUCGACUAAAUGUGAUGUAUCUGUUCAUUUAGCUUGCUUGAACACGUGGUGUUAUUUAUUGCAUAAACUUGAUAUCUCUCUCAGUGAUUCUUCUGUCAUCAGAAUGGUACUAGAGCCUGUUGUUGAGGCAAUUUUUCAAGUUGAUCCUGAUAGUAAGAGCAUCUGGGCCAGGAAUCUGUGCAUAGAUUUGCUUAAUGAUUUCAUAUUGGCAAAAUGUAAAGAUAUAGAUUAUGACUCACUUAAUCAAGUGAACCAUCAGUUAUUGGGCAAAACCUCUAGGAUUGCUCCCUUUGUAUCCGGAAGUUUCUCUUGGAAGCAGUAUCCCAUCAAAUGGUUUCCAUGGGAUCUGAGUCUUUUAGACUUCCAUUUAAAGAUGAUCUACAUUCUUAUCUGUCAAGCGUUAAGGGAAACUGUCUCCCACGAUAACAGGAUUUCAGCUGCGGAUGCCUCCUUAAGGUUAUUUAGAUCUGUUUUGAAAGGAGUUCAGUUGGAGUUGAAAAGGUCGUCUAUCAGUUAUGAUGAUAUUAUGUUUUGUUUGAAUGCAAUAUUGAAGUUCGUAAAAAAUACUUGUGAAAAAGUUAUUUCAGAUUGUAGUGACAGAAAUGACUUACAUCACAUAUCGCUUCAGUUGGUGGAGGCUGUCUGUGAGGAGAUUGAACAUACUAUAGUGGGAUCCCCUCUUUACAGGGUGCCAUUUGACAUCAAGUGUAUUGAUAACCUGCAAAUAUUAGUUGACAUUGGAUGUGGAAAAUCUGGUGUCACUAACGCUUACAUGGAUAUGGUUUCACCAAUGGUUUAUUUAAGUGUACUUUACUUCUGCUUAGUGGUUCAGUCAACAAUGACUGAACCCAAAACAGACAACAAUCUUCAGAGAAUGCAGAAUUAUUUCAAAUAUCUGUUAUCAAUGUUUGAUCCCCUGGAAAGCCUAGUUGUCACUACUGGAUUAUUGUACAAGCACAGUGGGCCUAGCUGCUUAAGGAUGUGGAUUGCAGUGGCAGAAGGUUUGAAGUUCUACAUUGAUGAUAUGAAGGAUUUUUCGUCAUUGAAAAUGGAGUCUGACAGCAAAUGUUGUUUUGCCGUGUGCGAUCUGUUGUCCUAUCCACUAGUUGUAUGCUCCUGUACUCCGAAAUACUUUAUGUCUGCAGAGCUUGGAAGCCCCUCAAAAGAAUCUCAUGCUUCACAUCACAUACAGGUUGAGCUUGACCAAGUUAUCACACUCUGGAAGUCCCUCUAUUGUUCCCUCUGCACCUCAAUAUCUGGGUGUUUCAUUGGCGGCAGUUUCUUUGAGGAUCUCUUUUCAAUAUUGGAUAGGUGCCUUGAAAAGUGUACUAGCAUGCUUGUGUGUGCUGAUGAGUAUGUCUUAAAAUUCAAGGAUCUGGCUCUUCAUUGCAUUUCCUCAUAUGGCGAUGUGUUGAUAUGUAUUUUGGAAAAAUUCUGCUCUUCAGAAUUUAAUUCAUAUCGAGAUAACAAGCAUGGCUCUAACCACAAGGUCUCUAGUGCCAUUCAAUUCUGCUUGAAAUUGAUCAUCAGAUAUAUGAAGUUGUUGCAGACAAAGAUAGGAUCAGACGAACCAAUUGGUCUUAGUGCAGUCUCAAGGGUAUAUUCUGCAUUGGCACACUUGCUGAGUUCCCUGCACUUGAAAGAGGAUAUCCUAUCCUUCUUCAAGAUAGUAUCUGAUCCACUGCUUCAGUGGCUGGUACUCAUGGAAACACAAGAUGAGAACACCAGCAAUCAAUUUCAACUCCUGUGGGCAGAAACGCUUAAUUGUUUAAGGAGGAGUCAGCCUCCAAUAAUCUUUGACUCUGCAUUUCUCCAACUCCAAGCACCCAUCCUUGCAAAAACUCUUGAUCACUCAAACCUGUCCAUUUCAAAUCCAACCAUCACCUUCUGGAAUUCCACAUAUGGCGAACAAACUGAAUUGGAUUACCCCCAGACCUUACGUCAUGUCUUAGACAAGCUCUGGAGAAAUGGAAGAAUAAGCCUCCAUAAGAGAAGCCCACCACGUCAAAGAUGUCAAUCAAGACCGGGAUCCGCUACCGCUCCACCAAGAUACAGGGUCAAUGCAACCCAUAACAGAGGCUCAAAAAGAGUAGAACUGCAAGAGGACACGAUAGGCGGUGAGCUCAAAGAAAUGCCUCCAUGUUCGAGUUUGAAAAGGAAAAGGUUGGAACUAACUGAGCAUCAGAAGGAAGUAAGGCGAGCACAGCAAGGAAGGGAGAGGGAUUGUAGCGGUCACGGCCCGGGCAUCCAGACUUUCACAAGCAUGGAUUUUUCGCAGGGGAACGAGGAUACGCAAGACAACCAAGAUAUCCGGAAUGCAGAGUGCAUCUUGGAGCUGUUGAGAAAGGGAUAGUUUGGCUAUCUCAGUACUCUCAGGCUUUCAGCUUCUACUUUGACAGUUUCCUGUGUAUAGAAAUGUAGAGCCCCAAAUGUUGGAGCUGGGCAUAUGUUAUGUACAUAACUGAAUUACUUAUGUUUUCUGUAUUAUCUAUCUUCUAUUCUAUUAUAUAUAAAGAGAAUGGAAAAGGUGAAUAGGGAUU